CCAACAAAGCCGCGCUGUGAUUGGCUGUUGUCGAGGCAGCUGAUAGGUCCCGUGAGCGGCCAUGUUGUCCUCUCCAGAUUUGUAAACAAACCCAGGCAGCGACAGGUGCAUUGAGAAGGAUUUUUUUCACCCAAUUUCACCCCAUUUCCCCGGUAGAUAUGGCUGUACCGGGACGGGAAACGAACCGGGGCACCGAGAUGUGGUGUGUGGCUGCGUGUACCUCCCAAAUAUGGACGAGAACUGCUGGAAAAUAAUUACUGGAAAUAAUUCGACAGCGAGGCCUACAGUAAACACUGAGGGACGGCUCUCUGGAUACACCAUGUGUAGGAAUCCUACCAGGAAACACUGAAUACUGCCAGUUAACACUGCAGGAAACACUGAAGGAAUCCUACCAGCAAACACUGAAGUAAUACUGCCAGCUAACACUGUGAAGGAAUCCUGCAGGAAACACUGUUGGAAUCCUACUGGGGAACACACUUUGGUUACCCACAUUGCAACAAUCCUUGACAGACAGUGCACACACAAGUGCUUUUUGCUCACUUUUGAGAAUUACACAACACUCCUCAGGCAUUGAUCAUUCAUCGACAGCCUAAGGUGCCGGAAUAAAUUAUUCCAUAGUACCACUACUGGGAGUGCCGUUGUCAAAGAUAUUUAAUCGGUUGUAUAAUUUACCUGUGGUGCUGUUAUUGGCCGUUCUGAUUUUGGAGAUACCUGAUUGGUCAAGUGAUGGAUGCAAAAAGGUACUUUUGUAAUGAACAUGUUUAGAACACUGGUUUAAUAUCUGGUGAUGGCAGAUGUUAAAACACAUGCCAAGUUACUACAUAUGUUAAGACAUGCUGUUUGACACUUCUAUAUAUAUGCUGACUUCUGUUAUUAAGAUAAAUAUUUUUUAAUCUGCACCAUUGUUGUAGCAUAAAUUUGUUAAAGAUUAAGAUAAUUAUUUUAUUUCUGAAAUAAUUUUGUUAUAAUUGGCCAAGAAAAGCACAGAAGGCAAAUUGAAAAUGAUAUUUGUCAGUUGUGCUGAAAUUGCAGCCGACUAAUUUUCAUUGAAGUGAGGGAUUUUCUCACCGUUAAGAUGAACGGCAGUGGAGGAGAGAGCGUUGAGUACCACCAGGUGUUGGCACGGGUAACUUGCCACGAGAGUGCUGUUGCCAUGUUCAAGCAGGAUAGCAACAGCAGCUCAUCUCUGGUUGACGAGUCCGAGAUGGUUGCCAGCCUCACUGUGGUCACUGACGAAUGUUCAAUGGGCGGCGAUGUUACCAAUGAGAUUGUGAUCACAGCAGACGAUAGCCUUACCCUCUCUGCCGAUGGGAACUUGACGCCCAUGAAGCGUAGGGAGAGUGGAGGCAGCACUGACCCCCUGCAGAGCUCUGACGACGACAAGACACUCGAGAGUCAGAUUGUUUUUAUUCACCAGCAAGAUCAGCAGCAGCAGCAGCGCCAGCAGCUGCAUCACCAGUCGCACCAUAGACACAUCCAUGGGGCGACACAUCAGCAGAUCUUGACGGUGCAACAGCCUCAGCAGGCAACACAGGUUCUGACAGUGAGCGCCGUCCAGCAGCAGCAGUCAUUGCCACGAGCUCGUGGCCAGUCAGGUGAGGUGGCCAUCAGACCGAACAUUAGCGAGAUAGUUUCUACCAGCAUGACGACUGUAACUGCGAGUAGUUCUUCUCUACUUCCUCUCACAAAUACACUUUCAAAUGGCACUGUGCGAGUCAGUAAUUUACCGGUGAACUUGUUAGCAAGUCCUACUACUGUGAAUACAACAGUAGAACAACCAAACAAUGGGCCGUGCAUGUGCUUUGUGUGUGGCCGCCACUUGUCUGAUCCCAGCGAGAGGUUUUACUAUUUAAAGACGCAGAAACUGUUCAACACACAGGUAACUCUGCUAGAACUUCUGAGUGACGUACUAAACCAGAUGGUCGUUACUAACACGUGCGCCGUCGACCUGUGCUCCAGGUGCUCGGAACUCAUUAAUGAGACAGACAGUGCGUACACCCACCUCAAUCGACUCAAGAAGCAGAUUAACUUACUCUUCAGCAACAAUCAGCGACCCAAGUUAACCUUUCAGGUCUUGCCAAAGCCAAAUAAUUUCAAUGCUGUUGGUGCAGCUCCGGUGUCCCGGGUGUAUCAGCCGCCACAGCUAAACUUAGAUGACCUGGCAGCCACGCGGCCACGCCGGGGGCGGCAAGCUCGCAAAUCGGACGUGAAGAAGGAAGAAAUCCUGGAUUCAAAGCUGAAGAUGACCCCCAAGAAGAAGGGUGGACGGCCACGGAAGCCGUUUGCUUGUCACAUAUGCAAGCGUAAGUUCCUGACCAAGGAUAUGGUUGCUAGUCACAUGGUCAAGGAGCAUGAUAUCCACCCUGUGGGUCUGGCCAGGCCUAUACUAGGCCCGCAAGGCUCUCCAGAGCCUACGACCAUCGUGCUGGAAGAGAGCAGGAACGAUGCUGCCAGCUUGGAGCUUCAGCAGAUGAAACAGGAGCAGGAGGUCACUAAAGAGAGAACAUCUUUGGUGCCUCUGAAGACAAGCCCCAUGAAAAUUGAGAGUGUGCCUAUUACCCUGGGCACCAACCGGCCCUCAGGUUUGCCACCUCUCCUGCCCAUAGCCCCCAAAGUGAGCACCGACGUAGCCUCUCAACUCCUGGCAUCCAUGCGACCAAUACAACCUAAACCUCAGACCAUGAUACAAACCGCUCCAGAUGGCUCAAUGGUUUUGUUGAUGAAUCCCACCGUUGUGGACUCCUCGCCAACUGUCAUUAAAGUAACACCUGGAUACAUGAACCUUAAACCUGGUCCCCAUGCAUGUGACAAAUGUAACAAGACUUUCCUUGAUGAGAAGAGUCGCAGGAUGCACCGCAUUGCUGCACACGGCUUGAGAAAAAGGAAGAGAGAUGAGGAAGAUGAGGAUGAUGAUGAUGGGGAAAAACGAGACAGUGACGAAAAACUGUGGCAUUGUCGUUUGUGCGAAACUUCCUUCGUGAACAAGAGGACCCUGACAGAGCACCGCAAGGUUGUUCACACUCGUAUCGGAGAUGGCGGUAGUGGCAACGACCUCAGGAAGGACCGCCUCCACUCGUGCGACCAGUGUGAACAAAUGUUUAGCUACAAGUACGAACUGGAGCGCCACAGAGAGACACACGUGCCGUACACGCAGAUGGGCCCUCACGAGUUUGUGUGUUGUGUGUGUGGGUUGAAGGUCGCCAGUAAGGCUGCCCUCAAGAUCCACCUCCAUCGCUUUCACAGCAAAGAUGACGAGACAAAAGAUUACCUGUGCUCCGAGUGCGGCUACAUGGCAUCCACCAAGAAGGCUUUCACCGAUCACCAGCGCAUCCACAGUGAUGACCCGGGGCCCAAAGCACGGUGUACCAUCUGUGAGAAAGAGAUGCUGGCAUCAUCAUACAAAAUCCACAUGCUGAGAAUGCAUGGCGAGCCCAAACACCCAUGUGAAACGUGCGGCCAAAGGUUCACCGUCAGAUCAGAUCUCAUGCGACACCUGAACACCAUCCACUCUACCCUACGGCCGUACGACUGCGACCUGUGUGGCGAGAAGUUUGCCACCUCCGACGCCCUCAGGUACCACCGCAACAAGACGCACUCAACAGUGGUGCACCAGUGCGAGUACUGCAGCAAGAGCUACAAGUGGAAGGGGGAACUAAGGACACACGUCCAGCGCAACCACAUGGAGCACAAGGAGCGCUACCAGUGCUCUCUCUGCUCCCGCAACUAUGCCGACCGCCGCAAGCUGCGCCACCACAUGACUGUCAAGCACCAAGUGCUAGACAACUUCAAGAGUUGCCAGCCUCGGGAGCAGAAGAUGGUGGUGACGUAUAAGGGUGGGGACGAGGAGAUCCCAGCAGCGGGUAUGAGCCACAGGGCACACUGCUGCCUCCUUCAGUCACCUCGCACUCCACCAGCCACCACCUGCAGCAGACAGUCGCCUCUCAACCCCAGGACAUGAUCCAGCCGUCCAUCGUCACCAUCCCAGUCUAUCACCACCACCACCACCAUCACCACAAUCCUCCCACCCAGCACAGUCUGCACCACCACCAGGGCAUUGUUGCAACACCCGCAGCAGCAGCAACAGCAGCUUCAUCU